UACAGCCAAGAUCCACCGUGUUGGAACUCCCAGAUAUUUCUCCUUCCCCCAAAAACCCACCAGUCUUUCUGACUUCCGCCUCUUCCCUCUCCCGUUGGUCCUCCUUUAAUAAUUGACAUAAAAUUCUAUUUCAAAAAUUCUAAUCACUUUUAUACUUCCAAAAUAGACAUUCUAGAGUCCUAUAUAAAUCCCUCUGUCUCGCCAGCUUCCUUUAUUCCUCAUCAGAUCGAGUGAGAGGCUUUCCGAUAUCUUGAAUUUGUUCGUUCGCCUUUUUUUUCCUUGGUUUGAUUCUCUCUCGGAAUUAUAAAGGAGGAGAUGCAGGAACUGAUACCGGGCCUUCCGGACGAGAUAGCCCGCGAUUGUCUCCUCCGCGUCCACUACGAGGCCUUCCGCACCGUCCGGUCCGUCUGCCGGCUCUGGAAGCAGGAGCUCGAAUCGCCGUCCUUCCACCGCCUUAGGAAAUCCAGCGGCCUCUCUCGCCCGGUCGUAGUCUUGGCCCAGGCCGAGCCCCCAUACUCCUCCGGCGGCCCGGCCCAGAAGUACGCCGCCUCCGCGACUCCCUCCUACCGCCUCGUCCUCUGCUCCCCGACAACCGCCACGUGGGAUUCGCUGCCGCCCAUCCCUGUCCUCCCCCACGGGCUCCCGCUGUUCUGCCAGAUCGCGGCGGUCGGCCGGGAGCUGGUGGUCGUCGGCGGGUGGGACCCGGACACGUGGGCCGCCUCCGACGGGGUCUACGUCUACAACUUGGAGUCCGCCUCGUGGCGCCGCGGGGCCCGCAUGCCGGCCCCGCGGCGGUCCUUCUUCGCCUGCGCUGCCUCGCCGGACGGGGACCGGAGGGUGUUCGUGGCGGGCGGGCACGACGAGGAGAAGAACGCGCUGAAAUCGGCGAUGGCGUACGACGUGGAGAGGGACGCGUGGGACCCCCUCCCCGACAUCGCCAGGGAGCGCGACGAGUGCAAGGGCGUCUUCCUGCGUGGCAACUAUCACGUCAUCGGCGGGUACGCCACGGAGGCCCAGGGGCUGUUCGGGAGGAGCGCGGAGGCCUUGGACGCCGCCUCGUGGAACUGGGGCCCGGUGGAGGAGGACGUGCUGGAGGGCUCCACGUGCCCGAGGACGUGCGUGGCGGGUGGGGACGGGCGGCUGUACGUGUGCCGGGCGGCGGGGCAGGUGGCGGUGCGGGAGGCAGCGGGGGGUUGGCGAACGGUGGCGGAGGUGCCGGAGGACGCGCGGGUGGCGCCGCAGCUGCUCGCGUUCGACCGGGAGCUGAUGGUGAUGGGUUCCGCCUGCCACGGUGGAGCCCAAGCGUGUUAUAUGUUGGACCUGAACGGGAAGACGACGUGGCGGCAGGUGGAGGUGCCGCCGGAAUAUUCGGGCCACGUUCAGGCUAGCUGCUGUCUGGAGAUCUAGAAGGAAAGACUGUGAAGGGGUGGUUCGUCAAGUACGGUGCUUUCAAAUUUGGAUAUGGCCUUUUCUGUUUGUGCUUGUAUUUGGAUCCGGCUUUCGGGUUUUGGAUGGGUGUACAGAGUCAUGGUGUCUAGGCUACUUUACACACGCAGAGUUUUGUAUGUAUAAGAAGAAGUCUACACGUAUUAGUACUGAAAAUAGGCGAUCCGUCAUCCAUGUAAAUACUCGAUUUCUAAGACGAUGGUUAACUAGCCCUUCUUCUUUUGCCUUUUAUAUGCUUUGAGAUUCGAUUCUCGACCGGAUUGAUGCGGUUUGCGAGCUUGUGAUGGUGAAUCCGGCCGGAGUCAUGUUUUGAGGAGGACGCGGCUAAUAAAGUUUUCUUGUA